CAACUGAAACCUCUUUUGUGCCUUGGUCCCUCCAACUUCACUUAACUUCCCUCUAUUCCCUUUAAAACAACAACCUUUCUCUUUCUCUCUCUCUUAAAAAAAAGAAAAGGAAAAACCAAACCAAACCAUUCCAUUCUUUGGUCACAAACCUUCUUCAAUCCAAAAAAAUGCCGAAUUCCUCUCUCUCUCCGACCACCGCUGCGGUCCCAGACGUGGUGGCCCGCCACCACAUCCACGCGGUGGCCCCGCACCAGUGCUGCUCCGCCGUGGUGCAGGAGAUCGCGGCGCCGGUCUCCACCGUGUGGUCCGUGGUGCGGCGCUUCGACAACCCACAGGCCUACAAGCACUUCGUGAAGAGCUGCCACGUCAUCCUGGGAGACGGCGACGUCGGCACGCUCCGCGAGGUGCGCGUGAUCUCCGGCCUCCCGGCCGCCGUCAGCACCGAGCGCCUCGACGUCCUCGACGACGAGCGCCACGUCAUUGGCUUCAGCAUGGUCGGCGGCGAUCACCGCCUCUCCAACUACCGCUCCGUCACAACCCUCCACCCGCGCUCCGCCGCGGGCACCGUCGUCGUCGAGUCCUACGUCGUGGAUGUCCCACCCGGCAACACCACCGACGACACGCGCGUGUUCGUCGAUACCAUCCUCCGCUGCAACCUCCAAUCCCUCGCCAAAUUCGCCGAAAAUCUCGCACGAACGACCAAACUGCAUCAUCAACAACGGUGACUUCAAUCUUCAAACCUCAAACUCGAAACACUGUUCGUAUUUCUUUUUUUCCAUUCACUCUUUUUCGGCUUUUCUCCUUUUUCCUUUUGUAAUUUAGCCAUUAAGUAGCUGCUGUAUACUUUUUGAUUAAUAUCACAAUGUUGUGUGAGCUUGUCACCUGAGAAAAACCCCGAGUUUCUCUUAAUUUUACCCUUGUAUGAUCAUUUUACUGUUUCUCUUUGCCGAGAGAAAGUGAACAAUGAAACAAGGAUUUAUGUAAUGUUAGGGUAAUCUUCGUUCCCUUUGUAC